CCCGCAUCACGCUGCAAAAACAAGCAUGUAUCACCAAUUCCCCAUCGCUGCCCAGCCGCCGCACAUCUCCUCGACCCAGCCGCCGCGCCCUUUCUCCCUCCCUCCCUCCCUCCCUCUGCCUCCUCAUGUUCCCUCGCCUCGACUAUCAUCCGGAUGGCGACCCCCGCCUCGGCAGGGACCCAUCGCGCUGGCACCUUCGCUGCGAUCCUCGCCGUCGUUGUGGUGUUCGCCCUCGCGCCGGGGGCUAUCCUGCUGGGCAGGAAUGGAGUGGUCUGCUACAUCCAGCGAUAGUGCCGCCAACCGACACGGAGUCACAAUGGCGUGGUUGUGGGAUUACUCCGUCGUGGCCACCAUCACGGGACCAGGAUUCCUUGGGUCGCUGCCUCCGCCGCCUCCGCUGACCUCUGAGACCGCCACCUCCGCCGCCGCCCACCGCCAUCGCGAAACCCCAGCGAGGAGCGGCGCAAGGCCAUGCCCUACAUCACCGAACAUCACAGGUAUUUAUGUUCUGAUCAUUUUUCUAUAUUUUUCUGAUCGUUUGUAUGCUUCACCUAUCCUGAAUCAUAGGUACAUAGGUAUACAGAUACAAUGUGAGGGCGCUGGACGCAGGGACCUCUGCCAGCCUGACCAUGCACAUGUGAAGCUUUUGUUCGAGAUGGACGAGCGAAGGGCAUACGAACGACCGCCAAAUUGUGGCAGAGGACGUGAGUGGCCAGGAUCGUUGCGAGCUGGGUGGAUGCAGGCAUGGUGAAGUGUGUUGGCAGAGCAGAUAAGGGAAGCUGGGCAGGGAACCAGCGGAGUGGCAGGCGUUGCAACGGAGUUCGGAGGACGGAUCAUGGUGGGAGGUGGGGCAACACGGGUCUUGGCCUCUUGGGUCUGAAGAGUUAUUUUCUCAACUGUUUUUGGAUAUAGUUUUCUCAACGGCUCUGUAUGCAAGGGGCAUGUUGGAGAAGCUAGGAGCAAGGAUUUUGUAGUAGAGAUAUGGUCUGGGAUGGGAAACAUAUUUGGGAGAUAUGUUGCUCGGAGCAAAAAAAAUGUACUUGUCAAUUUCCUUUUAUCUCUUUCUCUCCCUGCCUCAUUGCACUUA